GUCGAUUGCAACUGAGACAGUGAGAUACUUACUGAAUGUUUUCGUUUGAACACUGACUCUUCGUGUGAUGGUUUGUGAAGUUUUUAUGUUUAAGAAAGGUCCUUGGCAUCAGUAGUUUCGCAUGAUCGCGUGCUGCCAUUCUUCCACCUCAAUUGUUUGUGUAAGGGACUGCUAAGAAUGGAAGCUCUUCAGCUCCACAUCCACAAGGUGGGCUGGAUUGUAUUGGUUUUUGGUUUGUUUCUUACAACUUUUGGAGUGUGGUGGACAUGCUUUCUUCUGUUAUAUGCCUUGCUGUUUGUUUUUGGAUUUGUGAUGGUCCUCGGCUACUGGGGCUAUUUAAUGUCACAAGAGAUGAGGAAAAGCACCUUGGAAGGAGACUUUGGUCCCAUGUCAAAGGGACUUGGAAAAGUAAUCCAUGAAAUCCAGCUGAGUAGAAUUGCACUCAAAAUGGACAAGCGGCUGACUGGUUCCAACAUCAUUGAUGAACCAUUACAAGAGGUUUUACAGCUCUUCUUUCGUGAUUAUGUGCAUGAUUGGUAUUACAACAGCAUUAGUACAGAUGAAGGCUUCCUUUAUGACCUUAGGCAGACUCUGCAGAGAGCACUGGUAGCUUUUGCAAACAGGUCCAAAGAUGUUGAAUGGGUCAAUUUCUUAACAACACGAUUUGUUGAUGACAUCACAAAUCAUUUGAAAAUAUAUCGCAAGACAAAACAGAGAUUAGAAAAAGCUGAUGAUAAUACUUCACUUGAUAUAGAAACCGCAUUCUUUGAAGUUGAAUAUGAAAUGGAAGGAGAAAUAUGUAGAGAGCAAAUCUGUUUGUCAGAGGGAAAAGAAAAAGACUACCUCUCAGACAUCAGUGAAAUGCUGCUUUAUCUGCUGUUGCCCCCUGAAGACUUUCACAACAAUCCAUUCAGAUACUUUUUCAGGGAAAUGAUUGCCACUUGUGUGCUUUUUCCAACAGUGUCAAUGAUUUGUGACCCAGACUACAUAAACCAGACAUUAGCUUGGCUGUGCAAAGACUCUACAUUUACUAAAGAAGCAUUCAUGACAGUGAUCAGGGAAGGUAUCACUGCUGUAGAAGAUGUUGAGGGAACCAAAGAUAAAGUUGACUUGGAGAUUGCCAAGUUAAGAGCACAUGAUUCAGAGACAUCAGAUGCAGCUGAUGCUCCAGUGAGACAACAAUUAAGCAGCCUUAUCUUUGUUAAGAAUAUUUGUGAAGCAAAAAUUAGGACUUUAAAGUAUGGUAUUGGAGAACUACCUUUACUGCCUUUGGAUCAGCUUGACGAAUUAAGCAAACUUCUGUCACCCAAUCAGUCUCUGCCCAAUCUUCCACUUCAAGUUAUUUUGGAUAACAAUACAGCCUUGUCUUACUUUAUAGAGUUUAUGAACAGUAUCAAUGGACAAGUGUAUCUUUACUUUUGGCUGGCAGUUGAGAGUUAUCGUGUAACUGCUGAGCAGCAGCUGUCACUGUGUUUGGAACAGCAGCUCGUCAGGGAGAGUGAUAGUGGAGACAAACAGGAGCAUAGUAUGCAGGCUGAAGAUUUGGAAGUGCUUAGAUUGGCAGCUCAAAAUAUUUUUGAUGAGUACUUGUCAGAAACGGCCAGCCCCAGAGUUGCAUUAGCAAAGGAGUUACCAAAUAAAAUUUUCAAGCAUAUUGCACAGGAGGAACCAUCGCCAAGUUGCUUUGAUGAGUGCCAGGCACAGGUUUAUGAAAUCCUUGGAGGAGAAUCAUAUUAUGGGUCUUUCCUGAAAAGCAAAGCUUAUGUGAGAUGUCUUCUUGAUUUAGAAAUACCUCUAGACAAACCAGAUGACAAUGUUGCGGAUGAUGAUGAGAUCGCCGGCAUAGACAGUGAAUUUUCGCACCCUGAGGAGAGUACGUCGACCAUAAAGCUAUGGACCCCCGAUGAUGACAUAAGACUGAAUGCUACUAUCACUCAGACUGGUGCUUGUAAAGAAGAUGGCAAAACAUAUGCCUAAUACACCAUCAACGUUUACCGCGCAUCUUCAGAGGGAACAAAAUCUUGGAAAGUUUUCAGACGUUACAGUGAUUUUGAUGAUUUGCAUUUGCAUCUAAAGGAAAAGUUUGGCUCGAUUUCCACUCUUCUUCUUCCUGGAAAACGAACAUUUCACAACUUGGAUAAAAAAUUUCUUGAGAAAAGACGAAUUGCAUUAGACACGUAUUUACAGAAUCUUUUGUCCACAGAAACUCUUGGCCAGCACUUGGGUCUGUUUGAAAUUGCAAACAACUUUCUGAUACCUGGACUAUAUGCUCGUGAGAAGGGACAGUUUGCAAGAAAGGUUGAUACCCUUGUGGCUCCCAUUCGUCAUGUAUCCCAUGCAAUAAAGACUGUGCCAGACAGUUUGUCAGGAGGGGUACAAAAGAUUUUCACCAAGCCAGGGAAUAGACGUGACUUAAAGGAAGAUACAAGACAAUUGUAUGCAGAGAUUGACCUGGAGGAGGAUGAUAAUAUUCCUUUGAGAAUCUUGUUAUUACUCAUGGACGAAAUAUUUGACCUGAGACAAAGAAAUCUGUGGCUGAGGCGCCGUAUCAUUGUUUUCCUGAGGCAAAUAAUCCAAACAACUUAUGGAGAUAGAAUAAAUCGGAAAAUCGUCGACUAUGUUAACUAUAUGACUUCUGCAGAACAGAUAGCAGAAUAUGUCAAACUCUUCAGAGAUUCUUACUGGCCUGGUGGAAUUUUGGCCGAAACCUUCCCAGAAAGGAAAAAAGAUGUCAAGAUUAGAACACGAGUGGCGGCUAAAACAAAGAUUUUUGGAAGUAUUCCUGAGGAACUUAAACGCUUUCUUGGCUCAGAAGUGGCAAUGGAAGGAGUUUGUUGUGUGUUCGACACCUUCCAGUACUGCAGCCUAAACAAGCGUCUUCUUUAUGUACUGUGGGAAGGUAUUCUGGAGUUGCUUUUCCCUGACAACAAGUUUAACAGCAUUUUUCACAAAAUUCAUGCCAAACCGAAGGUGUGAUGACAGUUGAGAUAAGAACGUUCUGAUAUCACACGUGACUGGUGCGAUGGAUCCGCCCAAAUUCUUGUUAUAUGUUAGUUAUGAGAGAAAUGAUGUCAUAUCAAGGACGUGGGUUAUGUUGAGAACGUUGAGACUCUGUUGAUGCAGUGAGUUCCACCCAUGUCUGUUUUAGCAACGACCGGAAACAAGUCUUCUCUAGUUUCUUAUUUCGAGGGGAUUCAUUUAAGGUAAAGUUAACGUGAUUUCUGUAACAACGUGGUGGCCUGGUUCAAGAGUGCUUAGCUGUUUUCCUUUUUAUCUUUGUUCAUAUGCAGUGAUGUAAUAGUUUAAAGACGCUGAUGUCUCAAUGAGUUAAAGUUAAAUUUUCGAUGGUUCCUUUAACGCGAAAGUAACAUCAUUGUACAUGACGAACUAAUAUAUCAUUAUUUUUAAGAGAUUAAUUUAAACUAAUCCAUGCAAAGAAAGAUUAAAAGGGGAAUCUUUUCUGUA